AUGACAGACUUGCUACAGCAACUCGCUGAAGGUCGCUUGUUGAGCCCUGAUGAACUGCAUGUCGACGACUUGUUUGAAGGUCUCAUGGAGCCAGCCGAAGUCCGACAAACAGUGAAACAAUGGUUGGAGGAUAUCAACAGGGACCAAAAGAACCACAUAGAAGUUGGCUCUGCGCCAUGCUGCCAACGCAAAAUGCUACCAAAGCCUUUUGCCCAAGCCUUUCGAGUCCUGGCGAUCUCGCAAGGAUGGGCCUGGGAAGCAGUGUGCCAAGCUGUUUUUGCCAUGCAGGCAUUUCUGGAGCAUCCGGAGACACGCCUCAAGGAGUUUGCGGAGGAGAUCCACGAUCGAGGUCCCAGUAUUCCAGCUUUUGCUGGUCUUGCUGCAUCUGAUCGAAAGUCAAGCUUGGUCAAAUGGGUGUCGGGCAUGAUGAUCGAUGUCCCGGAGCUUCCAGACGACGUUCGGAGUGGAACUACGGUGUGCAAUGAUGGCACCCUUAGGGGACUGAGAGAAGCUCUGUCGAAUUAUUCCAGGGGUGGUCUCAUCUCCGACGAAGUCGCGGCCGGCCGCUUCGAUGUCCAGCACUACGCGUGGGUGCACUUGGUCCUGGGGCAAAGGGAAGCCACGGCUGAGGCCAUGAAGCCAACCUACGGUGGCUUUCAGAAAAGGUUUUCGUUGAUCUUUCCGCCAGCCGCAGCCGAGCAGGACAAUGAAUUGCCUUGCACAGGCGCCAUGGCCCUGUGCACGCGGAUGUCGCGGCUCAUGGCUCGACAAGGGAAACAAAAGCAAAUCAUGGUGUUAGACACAGAAGCCAGGACCUUGUUCAAGGCGGUUGUCAUGGGAGUGCAAGAUUUGAUCCGGGACCAUGACCAAUUGGACCCCUUUUUGCUUCAGAAGGUCAAGCUACAUGACACGGACAUCCUGCGUUACACAAAUGUUGUUCGGCGAAUGCUGCAGACAUUGCAGGGACAAAGUGAUGAGGCCCGCGCAGAGGCAUCGCUGGUCGAAGUCGUUUAUGCGCUCCACCAGUGGCAUCGGCAGCUGCAGUACCAUGCAGCUUUCUAUCGCUGGGCCAAGGACAAGUGGCCGCAAGCUGGUCUUCAAGCGCCAGCUCAACCAGCGCAAGCGGAAAAACAGCUUAGUCACAAGCUUUGGGUGCAGAAGGAAUGGUUGACAUCACCCAGAUUCCGAGGGGAAGUCACCUGGAACAAAGCCCGAGACAUUGUGCGGCACAAGCUCGCUUACAGGAACUGCAGUGAUGUCCGGCGUGCAUUGCAAGAAGCCAUCAGUGACAUGAUUGACAAAGGCCUGCUCAACAAAUCCACAGAGAACGUAGCAGAGCAACCAGAGAGCCGAAAAAGGAAGACCAUUGAGAAGUACUCCAGGGUGCCUUUCAGCAUUUUGCGCCGGUAUCCUGACAAGAUCGAGUACUGCAACGAUGUGCUGAACAUCAACAUGGAAGAGCAAGAGUAA